AUGGGGGAUUGCAAUUCGGUUUGUACUCCAACUGAAGUGGGUCUGAAGCUUACAAAGAAUGGGUCAGGAAAGAAGGUGAAUGCCACGCUCUACAAGCAAAUAGUUGGAAGUUUGAUGUAUUUAACUACCACAAGGCCAGAUAUUAUGUUUGUUGUGAGUAUGGUUAGUCGGUACAUGGAGAAACCUACUGAGGAUCAUCUAUUAGCAGUGAAGAGGAUACUGCGCUACUUGAAAGGUACUGUUGAUUUUGGAAUUUUUUAUAAGAAGCUUCAAAGUCCAAGUUUAUGUGGCUUCACAUAUAGUGAUUAUGCGAGUUAUAUGGACGAUAGAAAGAGUACGUCUGGGUUUGUGUUUAUGAUGGGUUCAGGAGCUAUCUCGUGGUCAACAAAGAAGCAACAAGUAGUGACAUUGUCAACCACUGAAGCUGAGUUUGUUGCAGUUGCUUCGAGUUCAUGUCAAGCUAUUUGGUUACGGAGGAUGCUUGGUGUUUGGCUCUAG